CCAAACAUGUAAGUUAUGUAACUUAGCUUAGCUGCUGCUUAGUCAGCAUGUGUUACAGCAUGUAGUUAAGUUUUUUGUUAAUGUGAUCGUGCCAUUCAUCCGCCAUUACACAGCUAACGCCAGAAGAUGUCCACUGUGUCUGCUGCCGGUAUGGAGUCUGCUGCUGUGACUGAGGCCCCCGAGCAAAAGAAGCCACUGAAGCCUUGCUGUGCAUGUCCAGAGACGAAGAAAGUCAGGGAUGCUUGCAUCAUUGAAAAGGGAGAGGAAAGCUGCACAGACCUAAUUGAUGCACAUAAAGAUUGCAUGAGGGCACUUGGAUUCAAGAUUUAACUACUCUCUUUUUUGUGUGUGUUUCUGUGCAAGUGGAAGGCAAUCCUGGACAUUCCCUUCUCUCCCUCUUAUUUAUACCUCUGCUGGAGGGGAAAUGAUGUGGUCGUUUUUAAAGUCUUCAGAAUUUGAGAAAUAUGUGAAUAUCUAAAAUGCUGUCUGAAAUUGAAUAAAAGUCCUAUGCAAUAA